AUGCCGGCGCUCUCCUUGAUCUCCCACCACGACCCCUCUCUGCACCAGACAUGCCCUACCGCUGUGGUCAUGUCCACCUCGCCCCUCUCCUCUCCCUCCGACGCGCGAGCGCAGCGCAAGGUGGCGCCCCUCGGCCCGCCUGCGCCGCCUGAGCGCAGCAGCGUGGCGCCGCUGCGAGCCAAGCGCAAGCUCUCGCUUUCGCCCGAGUCAUCACCCGUUCUGGAUGCCGAUCUGUUCGACCCCGAUCUCUUUCCAGAUGCUCAGAUUGACGACGGAGAAGAGCCUGUGGCGCAUCUCUACACGUCUAGUGGGAAGCGACAGCAGCGCUUGGCUGUUCAACCACACGUGCCCUUUGUAGUCGGUCGGCACCCGCGCUGCGACUACGUGCUCGACGCGCCAAUCGCCUCCGCACGUCAUUUCAAGUUGAUCGCGCACAUCACCGACUCAGGUGACGCCUUCGUGUCGCUCGUGGAUCUCUCAACCAAUGGUACGCUUCUCAAUGGUCGGCGUAUCGAUGCCGGCAGCGCUUGUCUGCUGUGCGACGACGACCGCAUCGGCCUGCCGGGCGUCUCCAAGGAGUACCUCUACCGACACGCCAGCUCAUCGAGAGAAGAAGACGAGGAAGUGGGCGACUUUCGCGUGCUGCCGCGUGUCCUCGGCACUGGCACGUACGCCUCGGUGCGCUUGGCCAUUCAUGUGCCUACUGGUGCGCAGGCGGCAUGCAAGCGCCAGAACCGUGCAUGGCUGGCGGAUGCUCAGACAGCAAGGAAUGCGCGCCGCGAAGUGGCGCCGAACAUCAACAGCUUCAUCGCCGUGCACCUGGACGAGGAGCACGUCUACUACUUUGUCUCUUGCGUGGCAGGCGGCGACCUGUUCAACUACGUCGCAGCGCACCGUCGGCUCGGCGACGCCGAAGCCAAGUUCAUCUUCCACCAGCUGCGUCUUGCCAUCGCGUACCUGCACAACCACGGGAUCGCGCAUCGCGACAUCAAGCCCGAGAAUGUGCUGCUUCUGGCUGCCGGCAGCUUCCCGCAUGUCCAGCUGGGCGACUUUGGCCUGGCCUCGGACGCGCCAGGCAAGUUGCAGCGCGCAAGCUCGCAGUGCGGCACCGUGUCGUAUUUGCCGCCCGAGGCGCUGCGCUGCCGCGUUACUCAGGAGUCGUACGACGCCCUCGCAUUCGACACGUGGGGAGCUGGCGUGGUGCUCUAUGUGCGCACGCACCCCUUCGACCACUGCCAGCUCGACACGCUCGACGACGUCUCAUGGGAGGUGCAAGCCGAGCUGCUGCGUCGACGUCUCGUGACGCACGAGUGGCUACGCAGUCGUUCCUUGCUCCUCGCGGCGCCACCUGCCGUGCCGCUGCUCCCGAAGGCAGAGGCGCAGGAGGCAAUCGCGGCGGCCGACUCGCGCCGCCAGCUCGUCCAGAACGUCUUCACGGGCGUCACGUUUGACCCGUACAUGCAGAAGAUGCCCUGCCUCGCCGGUGAGCUCUACCCGGCGCCCAUCGUUCGCCUGCCCGUCGCUGAAGCGUCGCCAUCUCCAGCACGCGUCCUCCUGCAGCAGCUCCUAGCGACGGACGUCAAGGAGCGCAUCAGCGCCGAAGCGGCUGCACAGAGCGAGUGGCUGCGCCACUCGAGACGCGAGCUGGACGCCAUGUACACGCAGCGCGUGCGAGAGCGCUGA